UGGAAAAGGCUUUGCCUUUGUCGUUGGGUUUGGCUCAGUCAUUCUUUAGUGGACUGUGGAGCGAAAAUGGCGGACACCAAAUUCAAGAGGCACCAAUCUGUGCCCGCCAACUACGUCACCCUCAACGACCUCAAAGAGCGCUGGCUCAGAGACCAGGAACGACAGCAGAAGGAGAAAGAACGACGGCAAGAGGAGAAGAAACGACAGGAAGAGGACGAGAAACGACGACGAGAGGAGAGGGAACGGCGAGAAGAAGAGGCGAAGCAGAAGAGGCAAAACGCCAUCGUUCGGAACCUGGAAAUCGGUUCCAAGCCUAGGUAUGGUGGUAAUCGGGGACAGCUUCGGCCAGUUAAUCGGAGUGUUUCGGAGUUCGGUGGGGCUGAGGUGGAGGGGAAAAGAAGGGAGGAAGGAAAGCCGAAGCAAAACGCUGUCGUUAAGAGAGCCGAAACCGAUGACAAGCCGAGGAAUCGCGAGAAUCGGGCAGAGUUUCGGCCGGUUUAUCGGAGUGUUUCGGAAUGCGAGGUUAUUGAGCUGGAGGGAAAAAGGGGCGAGGUGGGAGAACCGAAGGAAAACGUCGUCAUUCAGAGAACCGGAACGGGUAACAAUUCGAGAAAUCGGAGUGACCGGGCACAGUUUCGGACGGUCAAUCGGGUUGGUCUGGCACCCUUGUUGGAGAGGGAAAGAAGUGAAGAAGCAGAGGCGAAGCAGAACGCCGUCGUUGGAAGAACCGGAACCGGUAACAUUCCAAGAAAUCGGAGUGAUCGGGCACAGAUUUGGCCAGUUAAUCGGAGUGUUUCUGAGCGGGAGGGGAAAAGAAACGAGGAAGAAAAGCUGAAGCAUUACGCGGUCGUUAAGAGAGCCGAAACCGAUGACAAGCCGAGGAAUCGUGGUAAUCGGGAAGACUUUCGGCCGGUUAAUCGGAAUGUUCUGGAAUGCGAGGAUGCUGAGCUGGAAGGGAAAAAAAGAGAGGAAGGAGAGCCGGAGGAAAACGGUGUCUUCCGAACCGGAACCGGUAACAAUCCGAGAGAUCGGGCACAGUUUCGGACGGUGAAUCGGGUUGGUCUGGCACCCUUGCUGGAGGGGAAAAGAAGCGAGGAAGAAGAGGCGAAGCAGAACGCCGUCUUUCAAAGAGCCGGAACCAGUAACCAUCCGAGAAAUCGGAGUGAUCGGGCACAGUUUCGGCCAGUUAAUCCGAGUGUUCCGGAGCGCGAUGGGACUGUGCUGGAGGGGAAAAGAAGCGAGGAAGAAAAGCCGAAGCAAAGCGCUGUGGUUAAGAGAGCUGAAACCACUGACAGACCGAGGAAUCGCGGUAAUCGGGAAGAGUUUCGGCCGAUUAAUAGGAAUGUUUCGGAAUGUGAGGAUGUUGAGCUGGAGGGAAAAAGAAGCGAGGAAGGAGAGCCGGAGGAAAACGGCGUCGUUCGGAGAACCGGAACGGGUAACAAUCCUAGAAAUCGGAGUGAUCGGGCGCAGUUUCGGACGGUGAAUCCGGUUGGUCGGGCACCCUUGCUGGAGGGGAAGAGAAGCGAGGAGGAAGAGGCGAAGCAAAACGCCGUCGUUCAAAGAACCGGAACCGGUAACAAUCCCAGAAAUCGGAGUGAUCGGGCACCCUCGCUGGAUGCUAAAAGAAGCGACGAAGAAGAACUGAAGCAAAACACCAUAGUUGGAAGAACCGAAAUUGCUAACAAGACGAGGAAUCGGAGUGAUCAGGGGCAGUUUCGCCCAGUUAAUCAGGGCGUUUCAGAGCUCGAGGUUGCUGAGCUGGAGGGGAAGAAAAACGAGGAACCAGAGGAGGAGAAGAAAUGGAAGAAGAGGAAGGGUAACAGAAAUUGGAAGAACAAAGCUAGGGAAGAGAAGGAGGAGGUGACUGAGAAGGAAGGUGGAGUGGACGAGCCUCCGGUGCGUGGCGAGAAGGAAAACGAUCAGGCGACUGGAAAGGAAGAAAACGGAGUUGGAAUUGAAAUUGAAACUGAAAUUAGGGCAAAGAGCGAGAAUGUGGUUCUGGCGGAGGAAAUUGUACCGAAAUUUGAGGGUUUAUCGGUGGAUGGUGAGGCUGGUAAUGGGGAUGAUAAGCUGAGGAGGUGGAGUGGAGCUGAUCGCCGUGGUAACGGUGAAAUAAGGGAUUAUGAUAAGAGGGUAGGCCGCUUCCAUUUACAGAGACAGAGAGGUUCUGGGUUUAGACUUUGGGUUAAGAAAGGCGAGGUUGGUGACAGCAAUGGCGGAGGAGUUCAGAGCUUGGAGGGCAGUGAAGCUGUUUCUGGUCCGAGUGGAACAUCUUUGAAUGCAAGUUCACGGAAGUUGGCUGGGGAGACGAGCACGAAUUAUCCAAUACAGAGGUGGCGAAGCAGAUGUGAACCGAACUUGUCACGCUGAUGCAGUGGUUUAGUUGAUAACUUGUAAAUCACCGGAGAACAUGCGUAUUUCGGUUUGAUGAUUGACCUAAUCAUAAUUCGGGUACUUUUACUUGACUGUUGAUCGUGAUUUCGUGUGGAACUGAUCGUGAUUUCGGCAUUUGAAUUUCAUGUAUAAAAAGAUGGUGAUGCUCUGUUGUCGAAAUGUGUAUAUUUUAUGACUUUCAUUAGAAUCUCCAUGUCUCUUAAGCUCUCUAUAAUGCAGGAAUUGUUUUCGGUUCUUCAGGAAA